CAAAUAGGCGAGUUGCCGAGCUUUAAGCUGCCACUGCAGCCGGACAUGCAAAAGGCUCACCUCUUCUCCAUCUACCUCAUUCUGCCGCUCCUUGCAUGCACACUCGCUCUCCUCGUAUUUAACUGGUACCCCUCGCAGGUCUUUGUGGGAGACACGUUCACGUACUUUGCAGGAAUGACACUGGCUGUGGUCGGCAUUUUGGGCCACUUCAGUGAGACACUCCUGUUGCUUUUCCUCCCUCAGGUCAUCAAUUUCAUAUACUCCCUUCCCCAGCUCUUCAAGUUCGUGCCGUGUCCAAGACAUCGCCUACCCAAGUUCGACCCGGCCACCCAUCGCCUGACAGGCAGCAACGAUCUGAAUCUCGUCAACCUCUUCCUGCGCCUCUUCGGCCCGUGCACCGAGGAGCAGCUCUGCAUCCGCCUGCUGCUCUUCCAG